GAAAGAGGGAGGAAGCCACAGGAGAGCAGCUCCUCCUCCUCACCGAGGGGAGGGUGCGGGCUUCCCUGGUUCAGGGCGAAGAGAGGCGGCGGUGGAGGAAGAGGUGGGAGUUCUCGCCCGUGAAUUCCCAAUUCCGAGGUGGCAGCCUCUGCAGAUCCCGAGGAGACAGCGAGAGGGAGAGGAGACUUCCCCGGGUAAGCUGGAUGCAGGCCGGCCAGGUGUUCCAUUUUAUUCAGCUAAUACCAGCUAGCUACAGUCCUGAAUGUCUUCAUGAGUGGCUUUCAGAUAGUGAGAAAGCGACGCUUUAAGGGAUGGAGUUGGCUCACAGCUUAUUACUUAAUGAAGAAGGCUAUAACCAACUGGGUGAAUUUCAGAAAGCAGAGUUUAUUUUUGAGUGGCUGAGGUUUUUGGAAAAACUUUUGCCAGCAACCAGUCGGGCUGAUAUAAAGGAAAAACAGAGCAAGCUUGUUGAACAACUGGUAUCUUUAUUAACCAGCUCACCAGGACCUCCUGCCAGACAGCUUAUUGCCAAGAACCUUGCUAUACUAUAUAGCUCUGGAGACACUUUCUCUGUUCACCAAACAAUUGACAAAUGCAAUGAACUUAUUCGCAGUAAAGAUGAUUCACCAAGUUAUCUACCUACAAAACUCGCUGCAGUCGUUUGUUUGGGCUGUUUGUACAAAAAACUGGGAAGAAUUUUGGGCAACAGCUUUAUGGAUACUGUAGGGAAUAUCCUUAAAGCAAUUAAGAAUGCAGAGUCUCAAGGGCGGUAUGAGAUCAUGCUGAGUUUGCAAAAUAUAUUGAAAGGUCUGGGAGUUGCUGCUAUUCCAUGUCACAGAGAUAUUUACAAAGCUGCCCGUUCAUGCUUAACAGAUAGAUCAAUGGCAGUUCGCUGUGCUGCUGCAAAGUGUCUUCUCGAACUGCAGAAUGAAGCAACUUUCAUGUGGAGUACAGACCUGGAUAGCGUUGUAACUCUGUGUUUUAAGUCAUUUGAAGGGUCAGAUUAUGAUGUACAACUUGCUGUUUCUAAGCUCUUAGGCAAAGUGUUGGUUAGUGCUGUUACAUCUAAACAAGGCACAGCAUCUGCCAGACAAAAUGUUCACAAAAUCUCAUUUGAGGAAGCUUUGGAACUGCUGAGUACAGGUUUCCUUCGUGGGAGUUCAGGAUUUCUACGAGCCAGUGGUGACAUUCUGAAAGGGACGAGCUCAGUCAGCAGGGAUGUUAGAGUUGGAGUCACUCAGGCAUAUGUGGUAUUUAUCUCCACACUAGGAGGGCAGUGGCUUGAAAGGAAUUUUUCUGCUUUGUUUUCCCAUGUUCUGGACCUCGUUUCUCAGUCUCACCCUAAAGCUAUUCAGACUCAGAUGGAUACUCUCUGCCGUCGUCGUUGUAUUUCAUUUAUCCUCCGAGCUACAGUAGGAGGCCUUCUUGGGGAAAAGGCUCAAAUUGCAACUGCCAAGGAGAUUUGUCAAGCCAUCUGGAAGCUGAAGAAAGUUAUGGAUGCUGCAGUCAGUGAUGGUAACAUGGAAACCCGUGUUGGUUCAACAGAUGUAGUAGCAAGCCAACAUAUGCUUAUAUGUUCCCUGGAAGAGCUUGGAAACCUAAUACAUAGCUUAGGCACUACUGCUGCACCAGUGCUGCAAGAUUCUAGUGCAGGGGUUCUGGAUGCAGUGGUCUCCAUUAUCCUUCACCCCAGCAUUUCAGUUCAGCUAGCAGCAGCAUGGUGCUUACGCUGCAUUGCUGUAGCAUUGCCCUGUUUUCUCUCGCCACUUCUGGAUCGUUGUAUUGGGCGACUCACAGCACUAAAAUCCUCACCAGAAGCAGUGACUGGCUACAGCUUUGCUAUUGCUGCUUUGUUGGGAGCUGUCAGAAUGUGUCCUUUAGGAAUACCACACUGUAAAGGAAAGGUCAUCAUGAUGGUAGCUGAGGAUUUGUUGCGUUCUGCUUCUCAGAAUAGCCGUAUUUCAGUACAACGAAUGCAAUCUGGAUGGCUAUUAAUAGCUGCCCUAAUGACAUUGGGUCCUGCAGUUGUUCAGCACCAUCUUCCAAGAAUGCUAUCACUUUGGAAAUGUGUGUUUCCAAUAUCACCUAAAGAUUUAGAAACUGAGAAGAGCCGAGGUGAUUCAUUUACUUGGCAAGUAACAUUGGAAAGCCGUGCAGGUGCUCUCUGUGCUAUCAAAAGUUUUAUUGUCCAUUGUGGGGGCCUUCUUACAGAUGAAGUUAUUCAAAGACUACUUCCUCCCCUUCCGUGUGCUGUUGAUUUACUGACACUUCUUCCUUCAUUAAAUAAAACCUAUGGCAAUCCUCUAAAACCAUCCUCAGUGAUAUACAGGAAAAGACUUUAUGAACUGCUUGCUUUGUUGCCUCCGAAGGCCUAUGAAGGAAGCUUCUCUGCUGUUCUCAAAGAAUUAGUGCUGGAUUUGACUCAGCCCGAUAACCAGAUGGCACCCUCUGCUGCUUAUUUUCUAUCUCUCUGUCAUCAGAAUGAACUUACCUUACUUGGUACCUUACUACAGGAGACAGAGCACAGAUUUAUUGAAGAGCAGCUGUUCUUAGUUAACAGUGUAGCUGGUGGUAGUAUGGAGUAUGACCCAUAUUCAGUUUAUGAGAGAGCUGCAGAAGGUGAUUCCAUGCCUAAGCCCUUACCUCCAACUGUAUCCAUUAUUGGUGCAGCAACUCGUCUCUUUGGAGUAAUAUUUUCCCAUGUUGUAGAGCCCAAAAGACUACAAGUAUUAGAACAAUUAUUGACGUCCAUAAAACAAACCAAAGGAUCACGGCAGCAGAUAGUACAACAAAAUGUUAUAUCAGCAUUUUCUAAUGUUCUGAAGCACUUGGCUAGCUGCAAAGGAAAUUUAGGUUCUGAAGAAAUCCGAAGCUGUGCUCUGACUUUAGUGAUGAGUGCCUUGGAAAGCAGUAACCUGCUCUUAAGAUGUUCUGCUGCAGAAGCCUUAGCCAGACUUGCACAGGUAGUGGCUGACAGUGCCUUCUCUGCUGGAUUGGUGCAAAUUAGCUUUGACAAGCUAAAAUCGGCCAGAGAUGUGAUAUCAAGAACAGGACAUUCUUUGGCUCUGGGAUCUCUCUAUAGAUAUCUAGGAGGAAUAGGCUCUACUCAGCACCUGAAUGCAUCUGUGGGAAUACUUUAUACAUUAUCUCAGGACAGCACUUCACCUGAAGUACAGACUUGGGCACUGCAUUCUCUGUCACUGGUCAUUGAUUCUGCUGGUCCUCUUUAUCAUGUGCAUGUGGAAUCUACCCUCUCUCUUGUUCUCAUGUUGUUGUUGACUGUGCCUCCUGCUUACACUGAAGUCCAUCAAAGUCUUGGUCGCUGUUUAAAUGCGCUUAUAGCCACUUUGGGUCCUGAGCUGCAAGGAAGCAGCACUACAGUUUCAACCUUAAGGGCAUCUUGUCUCCUGGGCUGUGCAGUGAUGCAAGAUAAUCCUGACUGCCUUGUCCAAGCUCAAGCCAUCUCUUGCCUUCAGCAGCUUCAUAUGUUUGCUCCUCGUCAUGUAAACUUGUCUAGCCUUGUACGGUGCCUGUGUGAGAUCUUGUUGGAAAAUUCUGUGUUGGUGAAUCUCUCUAGUUCAUAUCUGUUGUUGAGACGAGCAGUACUAGCUUGUUUGCAUCAGCUUGUACAGAGAGAGGCAGCUGAGGUAUCUGAACAUGCUGUGGCCCUUGCUAAGGACAGCAGAGAAGACUUUAGUCCAGGAAUUAAUAUCAGAGAAGUAGGUCUUGAAGGGGCAUUGCUGAGCUUGUUAGAUAAAGAACUAGAUGCAAAGUUAUGCCAAGAUAUCAGAGAGACUCUGAACCAUAUGCUUAUAUCAGUGGGAGCUGAAAAACUCUCUUUCUGGUUGAAACUCUGCAAAGAUGUUCUAGCUGCCUCUGCUGAUUUCCUAACAGUUGCUUCAGUGGACACAACACAAGAAGAAGAGGGAGCUCAAGGGGAUGAUGAAUUAGCAUUAGCUUUGGAAAAUGACGAAAAACUGCAUCCUUUCCCUCAUCCUCAGUGGUCUACUAGAGUCUUUGCCGCAGAGUGUGUGUGUAAAAUUAUCAGCCAGUGUGAGAAUGCAGGCAGUGCUCACUUUGACAUAGCUUUGGCACAGGAAAUGAAGCAAAGAGAUUCAAGAGAUGAUUUCCUAGUGCUGCAUUUAGCUGACUUGAUCCGCAUGGCUUUUAUGGCUGCCACUGAUCACAGCAACCAACUUCGUCUUUCUGGCCUUGAGAUGUUGUUAGUUCUUGUUCAGAAGUUUGCUACUGUGCCAGAGCCAGAGUUCCCAGGUCAUGUGAUUCUGGAGCAAUAUCAAGCAAAUGUUGGUGCAGCACUUAGACCAGCCUUUACCCCUGAAACACCACCCGAUGUAACAGCAAAAGCGUGUCAGGUUUGCAGUGCUUGGAUAGCAAGUGGUGUAGUAAGUGAUCAAAAUGACCUUCAGAGGGUUCAUCAGUUACUUGUGACAUCUUUGACCAAAGUACAAGCUGGAAAAGAAGCACAAAACCAACUGUACAAUGAAGGCACGUCAACUAUGGAGAUCCUGGCUGUGCUAAAAGCUUGGGCAGAGGUUUAUAUAGUUGCAGUACAAAGACAGAAAAAACAAAGCUACAAUAACAGACCAUCUUUGGUAAUAAACAUCACUGAGGAGAGCUGCAGGGAUCAAAUAUCUCCAUCAGAUGAACUUCUGGAGCUAGUCCGAGCAGACCUGGGGAAUCUGAGCAAACUCUGGCUUGCUGCACUCCAGGAUUUCGCUCUCUUAACUUUGCCUUCAGAAUACACCUCUCAACUUCCUGCUGAAGGUGGUGCUUUCUAUACUGCAGAGGCAACUGAAAAUUCAAGACCACAUUAUCAAAACUCUUGGGCUCUGAUUCUCCAUGCAACAGCAUUGUGGCUUACCAGCACAGGUUUCCUUGUUGGUGAUUCAGAUGAAGAUCUAACUAAUCUCUCUCGACCUGUCACUCCAACUUCUAUGUGUCAAGACUCAACAUCUAGAGCUGCUGUAAAAUCACCUGAAGAUGUGAAUACUGAUAGAUUUCAUCUUGUAUUGGGAAUUUGUGUGGAAUUUCUCUGUUCUCCUCGGUCAGAUGCAACAAUGGAAAACAUUACUGCUUGCCUACAUACCUUACAGGUGCUGCUUGAUGUUCCUUGGCCAAGGUCUAAGAUUGGUAGCGAUCAGGAACUGAGUGUUGAGCUGCUGAAUGUUCUGCAUCGGCUUAUACUGACAAGAGAGUCCCCUGAUAUUCAACUUGCUGCUGUAGAGGUUGUUCAACAGAUUAUUUUUGCAGCUCAGGAACAUGUCAAAGAAAAAAGGAGAAGUGCAGAAGUUGAUGAUGGAGCUGAAGAGAAAGAAACACUGCCAGAGUUUGGAGAAGGCAAAGACACAGGAGGACUGAUACCUGGGAAGUCCUUAGUCUUUGCAACCCUGGAGAUGUGUGUGUGCAUUCUUGUAAGACAGUUGCCUCAGCUUAACCCGAAGAUAACAGGUAGUCCCGGAAUUACAACUGGAAAACCUCAGUUGUUAUCAGAGAAUGGAAGCAGACUGGUAUCAGCAGCAUUGGGAAUCCUCUCUGACGUUCCUGCAGUCUGUUCACCAGAAGGAAGCAUUGCUGUUCUUCCUACUAUCUUGUAUCUGAUUAUUGGAGUCCUCAGAGGAACUGCUGUGAAAUUACCCUCCGGCCAGUUACCUUUGACUGUUGCUGCAUCAUUACAAGCUCUUAAAGGAGUGCUGUCUUCUCCCAUGGCUCGGGCAGAGAAGAGCCGGAUGGCUUGGAAUGAAUUGCUCCGUAGUGCUUUGGUCACUAUUCUUAAUUUUUGGGAACAAGAUGGUGCUCAGCAAGAAUUGGAUGAGGGUAGCCUGCUGACUGCAAUCACAGUAUUCAUUUUGUCUACAAGUACAGAAGUUACUGCUAUGGAGUGCCUUCAGAUGUGUUGUAUUGAAAAAUUUCAAUCAGCAAUGGAAUCUAAAGAUCCUAUUGUACAACUUAAAUGCUACCAGCUUCUCCUUACCAUUUUUCAGUAUCCAAACCGAGCAAUCUCGUAUGCUUACAUUCAUUCAUUAGCAUCAUCAGUUGUCGGCAAACUGCAGGAAACAGAGAAAGCUAAACCUGAGAAUUCUGCUGAACUUCAGGUUGUUCAGGAAGGAAUAAAAGUGGUGGCUGCUGUUAUAGCCCUUGCCGAGGAGGAACAUCGAACUCAGCUAGUGGCUUGCUUUCUACCUAUCCUCAUUUCUUUUCUUUUGGAUGAGAAUGCUCUAGGAUCAGCUACAAGUUCAGCAAGGAGUCUACAUGAGUUUGCUUUACAGUAUCUGAUGCAGAUUGGUCCACAGUACUCCUCAGUCUUUAAAAAGCUAAUGGCUUCUUCUCCACCAAUGAAAGCAAGGCUUGAAUCAGCUGUGAAGGGCAAUCAGGAAAGCAUCAAGGACAAGACAACACCUAAGCAUUCAAAGAAUGCUGGGAAAAGCUCAACUAUUCAACUAAAGACCAACUUUCUAUAUGCCUUCAUACCCGAGGACUGGAAAGUGGCCGAUGUAACACCAAUCUUACAUUGGAUCCCGGAAAUUACAGGCCAGAUAGCUUAACAUCUGUCCUGGAAGAACUAGUGGAAAGUAUUGUUAAAGAUAAAAUAACCAAGCAUGUAGAAGAUCAAGCCUUGCUGAAGCAGAACUACUACAGUGUGUCACAAGCAUAUAGACAGAGAUGAUCCAGUGGACACAGUGUUGUUUGCUUUUCAAAAAGCUUUUGACAAGGUACCUCACCAAAGAGUCAUGUGGAAUGGAAUGGAAUAAGAGGAGAGCUCCUCUUGUGGAUCAAGAACUGGUUAAGCAGCAGGAACCAGAGAAAGGGAAUAAAUGCACGAUUCUCCCAAUGGAGUGAUGUAGAAGGUUGGGGUCCUCCAAGGAUCAGUAUUGGGACCUGCACAUUUUAACUGACUCAUAAACAAUCUAGAGUUGGGGUAAGCAGUUAGGUAUCCAAGUUUGCUGAUGAUACUAAAUUGUUCAGGGUCAUUAAAAAGGGACUGGGAAGAGCUCCAAAAGGAUCUCUCCAAACUGAAUGGGCGGUAAAAUGGCAAAUGCAAUUUAAUGUAAACAAGUAUAAAGAUAUGCGUAUUGGAGCAAAAAAUCAUUUAUUUCACAUAUAUGCUCAUGGGGUCUGGUGGUGACCAACCAGAAAUGAGACCUUGGGGUUGUAGUGAAUAACUUGAUUAAGAUGUUAACCCAAUGUGUGGCAGAUGUGAAAAAAGCAAAUUACGUGCUAAGGAUCAUUAGGAAGAUACUGAAUAUAAAACUGCCAAUAUUAUACUGCUGUUAUAUACUGCAGGCGCAUUUCGAAUACUGUGUACAGUUCUGGUUGGCACACCUCAGAAAGGAUAUUGUAGAGCUGGAAAAGGUUCAGAAAAGGGCAACCAAAAUGUUCGGAGCACUGAGUGACUCCCCUAGAGGAAAGGUUGCCGCAUUUGGGGCUUUUUAGUUUAGAGAAAAGGCAAAUAAGAAGUGACAUCAUAGAGGUGUAUAAAAGUAUGCCUGGCAUGGAGAAAGUGGACAGAGAAAAGGUUUUGUCCCCCUCAUAACACUAGACCUUAUGAACAUCCAAUGAAACUGAAUGUUGGAAGAUUUAAGACAGACAAAAUAAAGUACUUCUUCACACACUGCAUAGUUAAACUAUGGAAUUUGCUUCCACAAAGGGCAGUGAUGGCCACCAACUUAGAUGGAUUUAAAAGAGGAUUAGACAAAUUCAUGGAGAAUCAUAGAGUUGGAAGGGGCCUAUAAGGCCAUCAAGUCCAACCUCCUGCUCAAUGGAGGAAUCCAAGUUGAAGCACACGCAACAGAUGGGUAUCCAGCUGCCUCUUGAAUGUCUCCAGUGUUGGAGAGCCCACCACCUCCCAAGAAAAUUGGUUCCAUUGUCAUACUGUUCUAACUUUUAGGAAGUUUUUCCUGAUGUUCAGUUGAAAUCUGGCUUCCUGCAAUUUGAGCCCAUUAUUCUGUGUCCUGCAAUCUGAAAUGAUCGAGAAGAGAACCUGGCCCUUCUCUGUGUCACAACCUUUCAAGUACUUGAAGAGUGUUAUCAAAUCUUCCUUCAGUCUUCUCAAGGCUAAACAUGCCCAGUUCUCUCUUCACAGGGCUUUGUUUCCAGUCCCCUGAUCAUCCUCGUUGCCCUCCUCUGGUCCUGUUCCAGUUUGUCUGCACCCUUCUUAAAGUGAUUACCAGAAGCCAACAUGGAUUUAUCAAGAACAAAUCCUGCCAGACUAAACUUAUCUCAUUUUUUGAUUGGGUAACUUUGAUUGGGUAAAAUUCUAAGUGAUCUUGAUAGGCUGGAGCAUUGACCUGACAAAAACAGAAUGACAUUUAACAGGGAUAAGUGCAAAAUUCUACACCUAGGAAAAAGAAACCAAAUGCGCAGUUAUAAGAUGGGGGAUAUCGGCUCAGCAAUACUACAUGCAUUAAAAUAUUUCUAUCUCACCCUUCUACCCUACAAUAGGACACUCAGGGGAGCUCACAAAUCAUACACAAUAAAAACCCAAAAAACAUAAAAAUACAUAAAAUGCAGGUAUGAAAUACAGGAGAGUGAUAUUAAAAGGGACUAAAAAUGUAAAACUAAAAAGCUGGGGAAAUAUGUACCUGAAACAACGCUUUUUUGUGGCUGUUGGCAUUACUUGCCAACCUCAGCUCAUUCUCACCUUUAGCCUUCCUGAUGCCACCCCGCAAUUCUGUGCUACCUGUCUACUUUUUUUUGUGGCCUGGCCCCCCUUCCACUUCCUGUAUGUGUCCUUUUUUGUUUUUAGAUAAUCUCUAAGCUUUUUGUGAAGCCACAUUGGCUUCUUCUGCUGUCUUCUUUUUUCCUUGCUGGAAUUGUUUGCCAUUGUGCCUUUAGAAUUUCCUUUUUUAGAAACUCCCACCCAUCUUGGACUCCUUUUCUCAUUAAGGUUGCUUGCCAUGGAGCCUUAGCUUAUCAUUGUUCUGAGUUUAUUAAAAUCAGCUUUCCUGAAGUCCAGGGUAUGCGUAUGGCUACUCUCAGCUUUUGCUUCCUUUAAAAUCAAGAACUCAAGUAUAACAUGGUCACUUUCCUCCAGAGUUCCCGUAACUGCCACUUCAUCCACUAAGUCAUCUCUACUGCUUAGAAUCAAGUCAAGGAUAGCUGAUCCAGUUUGCUUCCUCCACAUUCUAUAGGAGAAAGUUAUCUCCAACACAAGUCAGGAAUUUCUUGGAGGGGCUGUGCUUGGCAGAAUUUGUCUCACAACAGAUAUUGGGGUAAUUGAAGUCUAUCAUUACUACUACAUUAUGCCUCCUUGAAAAAUUGCCAAUUUGCUUCACAAAAGUUUCAUCUUCAUCUUCUCCUUGAUUGAGUGGUGGGUAGUAGAUUCCAACCACCAUGUUCCUUUUAUUCCUAGCCCCAUUUAUUUUAAUCCAGAUACUCUCACUGGGGCUACCAAUCUCAUCCUGCUGUAUUUCUGCACAGGAAUAUAUAUUUUUAAUACAUAAUGCAACUUCACCUCCCUUUCUAUUCCUUUUGUUCUUUUUGAACAAGUUAUAUACUUGGAUUGCUAUAUUCCAGUCAUGGGAGUCAUCCCACCAAGUUUCAGUUAUAUCUAUGAAGUCGUUUUUAUCCUCCUCUAUUGAGAGUUGAAGUUUGUCCUGUUUCUUUCCCGUACUCUGGGCAUUAGUAUACAGACAUCAAAGACCAUGUGAUUUACGGUUUGGUUUCACUCCUACAUUUUUAUGAAGACUAUUAUUGGGCCCCAUUAGAGUUGUUCUCUCAGUUCCUGUGCGUAAGCCUUCGUUAAUCUUUACCUCCAAGUUUACCUCUCCCUCCCCCGUAGGAUUCCGUUUAGAGCCUUCUGGAUGAAGUUCUCUAUGCUGUGGCCUAACAAUUCUUCCCAGUCCUUGUGAAGUGCAACCCAUCACUUGACAGCAGUCCAUCUUCCAGGAAGCAUAGCCCCGUAGUUCCAGAAUCCCAAUCUCUUGUGUUGGCACCACUGUUGUAUGCAGACGAUACCAUAAUUUUAGCAGAAACCAGUAAUGAUUUGAAACGAAUGCUGAUGAAAGUUAAAGAGGAAAGCACAAAAGCAGGACUACAGCUAAAUGUCAAGAAGACUAAAGUAAUGACAACAGAAGAUUUAUGCAACUUUACAGUUGACAAUGAGGACAUUGAACUUGUCAAGGAUUAUCAAUACCUCGGCACGUCAUUAACCAAAAUGGAGACAAUAGUCAAGAAAUCAGAAGAAGGCUAGGACUGAGGAGGGCAGCUGUGAGAGAACUAGAAAAGGUCCUCAGAUGCAAAGAUGUAUCACUGAACACCAAAGUCAGGAUCAUUCAGACCAUGAUAUUCCCGAUCUCUGUGUAUGGAUGUGAAAGUUGGACAGUAAAAAAGACGGACAAGAGAAAAAUCAGCUCAUUUGAAAUGUGGUGCUGGAGGAGAACUUUGCGCAUACCAUGGACUGCGAAAAAGACAAAUAAUUGGGUGUUAGAACAAAUUAAGCCAGAACUAUUACUAGAAACUAAAAUGAUGAAACUGAGGUUAUCAUACUUUGAACACAUAAUGAGAAGACAUGAUUCAUUAGAAAAGAUAAUAAUGCUUGGAAAAACAGAAGGCAGUAGAAAAAGAGGAAGGCCAAACGAGAUGGAUUGAUUCCAUAAAGGAAGCCACAGACCUGAACUUAUAAGAUCUGAACAGGGUGGUUCAUGACAGAUGCUCUUGGAGGUCGCUGAUUCAUAGGGUCGCCAUAAGUCGUAAUCGACUUGAAGGCACAUAACAACAACAACAUUUUUCUUUCCCUUUCUACUCCUCUUCUAAGUACUGGAAGGAUGGAUUAGAAGACUAUCUGGGCACCAAAGUCCUUGAAUUUCCUUCCCAGAGCUUCAAAGUCUACUGUGCUUUUUUUGUAGCUCCACUUGGCAGUAUCAUUCAUUCCCACAUGGAUGAGAAGAAAGGAAUACAUGUCAAUGAACUUUAUGAGUGAAGGCAACCCAUCUGUUACAUCUCUAAUUCAUUCUCCAGGACAGCAUACCUGGUGAGUCCAUGGGUCGUCUUCUUGACAUACUUAGGUUUCUAUCCCACACAGUAGGGGGUCUCCCACUAUUACCACUCUUCUUGUUGUCAUGGGACAUGGUUUCAUUGCCUCUGCUUGACUGAGCUCCAGCCUCUCACUCAUUGUCACAUGGGGACACCUGUUAUUUUUCCUUAGCAGGCUGUUCUCCAGUCUCAUCCUUAAGUGCCUGAAAUUGGUUCCAUAGUUCCACUGGUGCAGGGUGUCUUCUAGCUCUUCUGCUCUUAACUCUCACCCUUUCCUAUGGAGUUUCAUCUACUUCAUUGUUCCUCUUCUCAACACUCUCCUCUUCUGCUUCAACAUGCUGCUGUUCUUCUACCUCCUGUACUUCUCUUUGCUGUUGUUGUUCCAGCAUUCUAAGAAUUCUUCAUCCUUUCUUGAGUGUGCAACCUGCCGCUCCAGGCCUCUCACUUUUUCAAAGGCUAUCAAAGGCUACUAGCCAUGAUGGCUAUGUUCUGCCUCCAUAGUUGGAGGCAGUAUGGUUCUGAACACUAGUUGCUGGAAACUGCAGGAGGGGAGAGUGUUGUUGCAUUCAGGUCCUGCUUGUGGGCUUCCCCCAGGCAUCUGGUUGGCCACUGUGAGAACAGGCUGUUGGACUAGAUGGUCCACUGGCCUGAUCCACCAGGCUCUUCUUAUGUUCUUAUGAAAAGGAGUUGCUCAAAGGAGUUUACAGAUGUAAAAUCAAACAUAACAAUAACAAUAUAAAUACUGCUGGCAGGAAGGGCAGGAUAUAAAUCAAAUAAUAAAUAAAAAUAAAUAAAAGCAACAAUGAUCCAAUUAUUGUACUUAAAAGAGAUGCAAAAAAUAAUAAUACUUGGUCCCAAACUACAUUUCUGUACCAGCCAUUCCCAGCACCUGCUGUUCAGAGAUAGUACAGCCUAUCUGAACAUGACAGUUUCAUUUAUGUACAAAUUGAUAUCCCACUUUUAAGUCAGCUCACAACACUUACAAAAUGUAAUGGAUUCAUUAUAAAACAUGUUUUUAAAACAGAACCUGCCCAGGUGGAGCAGACAUCUGUUGUCUUCGCCUGCUUGCCCUCUUCUUCCUACAGGGCAGGUGGUAUCAAUGGACCUGUGCUGGGGAGGGAGUUGGUCCAGAAGAAGCAGAGAUCUCAUAUCAUCUUUGCCUGUGUGCCUACCUGCCUGCCUACUUCGCUCUAGUGGAUUUAAGUCAAUCAACAGCUAUUAGCCUGCUAUGAUUCCUCUCUUCCAUGAAGUUGCCUAACUUCUUCUUUAAAAGUAUCCAUAACCCCCCACCACCUUUUAAAGGCAUUGUAUUCUUCUGACAUAGCGUUUCAAGACCCAGUCCCGACAUACAUCACAUUCCUAUAUCCCAUUGAUGCCCACACAACAUCUCAAUGUUUUUGGAAACAGUGCAAGAUAUUAGAACAAAAUAAGGAUAGGUAAGAAAUUAUUUUAGGUGUGUGGUAUUAAAAGAUGGGCAGAGCAAUUCAAAUGCCGGGGAGCUGGAGGAAAGUUCUGUGGGAUUAUCCUCCUGCUCAGGAGCUGCCGGCCCAGCUGAACACUGGCUCCACUGGAAGCUGCGUGCAUGAGCCAGCCGGGGAGCCCUGGCUCCCAUGAAUCGGCCUCCCAAGGAGUAAGCGCUCCCUGUAGAGACCCAUUGCAAUUUUUUGUUCCACUGUCCUUUUGGGCAGCAGAGUUUCCAGGUGGACUGGGGCCCAGGGCGGGCUCUGAAUGUGAGGAGGAACUCAUGUAAGGCCCCCCCUGUGGCUCCUUUCCCACUACACCCAUAGAAUGCUCCAUUUUGGGGGCUUCCACUGGCCCUCUGUCCGCUGGGCUGGCCAUCCCCGGUGGACCCAUACUAGUGCCACAGCCAUGACAGAGGGCUGCUGAUGGCACCACUGGGGAUCCGCAGCAUCCAACGCACCCCAGACUGGCAGAAAGGUGAGUUGCAUGGUGCCCUUAGAACUCCUCCCCCACAUUAUGAUCAGUACUGCCAUAGCUGCUAGGUAUAAUGUGUGGUCUGUCCAACAGAAGGAACUACAGAGGCAGCCCAGGGUGCUGAAUGUGAAGAUUCAGAAAUGGGAACUACAUACAGAGCAUCCUUUUUUGCAUAGAGAACACCCUGUCCAGAAGAUAGUUUCUUUAUAUAUGAGAAUCUGUUUUCCCUCUUUGAAUUGGGGUGAAUAUAUAUUAGACAUCUUUCCUUUCGUAUUUUGUAAAUUUUCAUGAUCCUACAGGAUAAAUCUUGUUCUUGGCUAUAGGUAAAGAUAAUUCUACUGAUUGCCUUUAGGAAGAAGUUACCAUUUUGAAUCCAGGGAAUUUAGGAAAUAGUAAACUGCUAUGCCGCUUAUUUAAAAAAAUAUAGCAUAAAGUCAAGUAUAAACUAAACUUGUGAAUUUUAUGUAACCACUGAAGUUAAAAAGUAACUUCCUGCCUGCUUUUUGCUCUGCUUGCUCAUCCCUGGGAAACAUUCUGAUUUGUUGCUAUCAACAUUAACUAUAAAAUGUUUAGUUAUCUAGAGGCUAAUUUUAAUAAACUAUUCAUUGUUAUUUUUAAAAUGUGGGAUGUGCAUUAGCUGUCUUAUAGAUGGAGAAGACAAUUUCUGUGAAGUAAAUAUACCAGCAAUGG